AUGGGCUUCCGGCAGAUCAUUCCAGGAGGUUACUUACUGGCCAUCUGGUUCAACAGAAUACCUGAAAGAACCGUUGUUUGGUCUGCCAAUCGUGAUAAUCUCGUCCAAGAAGGAUCAAUACUUCAACUAUAUGCAGAUGGGAGGUUUGAACUACGUGAUCCUAGAGGCCAGCAGAUAUGGUCUGCUACAUCGUCUCGUGGAGCUGCCUAUGGAUCCAUGCUUGACACUGGUAAUUUUGUGUUAGCAAACAACAGUUCAGUUGUUUUGUGGCGGAGUUUUGAUGAGCCAACUGACACAUUAUUACCAACACAGAUACUGAAUAAAGGUGGCAUACUUGUUUCCAGCUUCUCUGAAACUAAUUAUUCAAGAGGGCGAUUCCUCUUCACAUUACAAAAUGAUGGAAAUCUUGUGUCUUCCACCAGAAAUUUCCCAAUGGACAACAAAAUUUUUGAUUAUUGGUCUACGAAAACUUCGGGCAGUGGCUUCCAGGUGAUCUUCAACCAGUCUGGCUACAUCUUUCUGGUAGCAGAAAAUGGAAGUGUACUCAAUUUUGUGUCUCGAAAUGGAGCCUCGACUAGUCAGUUUUACCAGAGAGCAAUUCUGGAGUAUGACGGGGUUCUAAGGAAUUAUGUCUACCCUAAGUCUGCUAAUUCAGCAGGUGGGAGAGAAAUGGCGUGGUCUUCUUUGGACUUCAUACCUUCGAAUAUAUGCACCAGCAUGAGGGAAAGGUCAGGAUUUGGUGCUUGUGGUUUUAACAGUUUAUGUUCGUUAGGAUCUGAUCAAUUACCACAGUGCGACUGCCCUAGAGGUUACACUCUCAUAGAUCCAAGUGACAGAAUGAGUGGAUGCAAACCAAAUUUCGUUACACAAAAUUGCGAUGAAGGGGCACGUGAAACUGACCUUUUCGGUUUCAUCGACAUGCCCAACACAAAUUGGCCUUUCUCCGAUUACGCACUUUUUGAGCAAAUCACAGAAGAUUGGUGUCGACGGGAUUGCCUCAAUGAUUGUUUUUGUGUUGUAGCAAUUUAUAACAAUGGUAGAUGUUGGAAGAAGCAAUAUCCUCUCACCAAUGGGGCGAUAGAUUCUAGUUUAGGGGGAAAAGCUUUGAUAAAAAUAAGGAAUAACAAUGCAACUGCAUACCCCUCUGUCUAUAAGAAGAGUAAGAGUUCCACUCUGAUCAUCAUCGUAUCAGUUUUCUUAGGCAGUUCCAUGUUCCUACUUUUAUCCCUCUUGUUGUAUGUUUUCUGUUUCACUCGACAAAAAUCAAAGAGCAUUCAACCAUAUCAAGAUCUUCCAGGCCUGAACAUAAGAAGAUUCAGUUUCAAAGAGCUACAAGUAGCAACAAAUGGAUUCAAGGAGGAAUUGGGCAGAGGCGCUUUUUCAACAGUAUACAAAGGGAUUCUUAAGAACGACAAUAUUGAAACUGUAAUUGCAGUGAAAAAGCUUCAUAAGAUGGCUACAGAAGGCGAACAAGAAUUUAAAGCGGAAGUAAACUCAAUUAGCAGUACUAAUCACAAAAAUCUAGUUCAAUUACUGGGAUAUUGUCAAGAGGGCCAAGACCGGGUUUUGGUAUAUGAAUUCAUGAGCAAUGGUUCUUUAGCAAAAUUGCUGUUUGAAAAUUCAAGGCCCAACUGCUUUGGAAUCUUGUUGCUCGAGCUUAUCUGUUCCAGAAGAAAUUAUGAGCCCGAUGUUGAGUUUGAGACCGAAAUGAUACUUGCUGAUUUUGCUUAUGAUUGUUACAAGGAAGGAACAAUGCAUUUGCUAGUGGCAGACGAUGAGGAGGCAUUAGGCGACAAGCGAUUUGACAAGUUUGUGAUGAUCGCAAUUUGGUGCAUUCAGGAGGAACCAACAUUAAGGCCUACCAUGAAGAGAGUAAUGCAACUUAUGGAAGGAUUUGUUGAAGUCCCCAUUCCUCCAGAUCCCACCUCCUCUAUCACUUCAGUUUAG